AACCAGCUGAAGAAAAGCCCGCUCCACCCCUCAUCACGUGAACGCGCACUGACGCGCACGGACACUGUUAGGAAACAGCUUCAUCGCCCUUUAGAGAUCAACCAAAGAAACAUCGGAGCGUGUUGCUGCUUUCAUUGCCAACCAUGCGUCUAAACAGGUCAUUGGGUGGACUGCAGGCUGCUCUGCUGCUGUUUUUGGCCUGCUGUCAAUGCGUCUCAGCACACACCGAUACUCUGCUUCCUCCAGAGGUCUCUCAGUACAAUGGAACCCUGUAUGCAGCCUGCAAAGUGAGACCCAGCACUUUACUUCCCGAGGGGCUUCCCAAGGUAUACGGCCAGGUGCUGUUCAAACAGGAGCAUUCAGAACAAAGGCUUCAUGUCCUUCUCCGCCUUAGUGGCUUCCCUGAAGAGGCUUCUUCAGAACCAAGAGCCGUGCACAUCCAUCAGUAUGGAGACCUCAGCAGGGGAUGUGACUCAACCGGUGGCCACUACAACCCAUAUGGUGUCAACCACCCUCAACACCCAGGAGACUUUGGGAACUUCUCCCCUCAGGAGGGGAAAAUCAGUGCACUGAUUGAAUCAGAUGCUACGCUGUUUGGAGGCCUGUCUGUGCUUGGAAGGGCGGUGGUGAUCCAUGAAAAGAUGGACGACUUGGGGCGUGGCGGAGACGCCGGAAGCCUGUUGCAUGGCAAUGCAGGCCGUCGGCUGGCAUGCUGCGUCAUCGGGAUGUCCUCCUCCAGCCUUUGGGAGGUUCAACAUCUGCGUGCUGCAAGGCAGUUCAGGAGGGGCUAGGCCCAACACAUGGGAGUGUUGUUCCCCACAGAAUCUAUCCCAGUAUUUAAAUAGGUUUCCACAAAGAUACAAAAAAAACAACUAGUAAUUGCUUACUAACAGUUGAAAUUACAGUAUUUUAUAGAUAAUAGCUUUUCUGACAAUUUCACUUGAGCUAAAUGAAUCAAAUAUGAGCCUACAUGACUUGUCUAAACCUGUAACGUUUUUCUUUGAACAAUAAAAAGUUAUCAUGAUAAAACUUUGUAUAAAGUAGCAGUCAUGUUUUCUGAAGUCACAAAAAUAAUUCCCAGCUAUAUGAACCUCUGGCUGUAUUAACAAAUCUCUGUUAAACUUAUUUUUUUCCUCAAAUAGAGCAGCUUACAUGUCUGUAAGUUGUUAUUUUCCUGUUCAUUGCAGUUUCCACAAGAAAUUGACCAUUCAAACUUAUGGGUGGUUAUCUGUAAGUAAAAUUCAGAUAGAGGCAUUAAUAGAAAUAUUUUACUGCACAAUAAUGUGUAAAUACCCAUUUUUUUCUUGCAGUCUUUGUAAUCAUCAACUAUGGCAAAAAAAAAAAAAGGGUAAGUUUUAUAACAGCUGUUAUAUAACAGUGAAGCGAUGCUUUGGAUCAAAAACCAAACUGAACACUAAUAAUUGAGGUUUAAGAAAAAAACAAUGAGGGUGUCUG